AAAAAGCAAAUUUUUGAAAAGAAAAAAUCAAGUGCAAUUAAUCAUCGUGUACUGUUAGAUGUAACGUGUAUUGAUUGCGGUAAAGGGGGUCACUACACCAAACAAUACUUUAAAUGUGAAUCAUAUGAGCCAGAAACAGCAGAUCAAGUUGGUUCGAAAGACACAAAACGCAAACAGAACUUUGAAAUCAAGAAGGAAAAGAAGAAAGCAAGGAAAGAGAAUAAUGAAGAACCGGAUAAAGACAAUGCCUGUUGUACCAAAUGCAAGCAACCAGGACAUAAAUCGAUGCGUUCAGAAGUGGAAGGCUGA